AUGCCUCCCUCGGGUCUCGCUAUUCUUCUCGGCGCCGGCCCCACAACGGGCGCGGGCAUCGCCCGGGUCCUCGCCCGCCCGUCGCAAGGAAACCUUGCCGUCGCCCUGCUGUCGCGCAGCGGUGAUGUCCAGCUCGCGGAGCGCCUGUCACGCGACUCUGACGGCGGGGUGCUGAAGGCGUUCCAGACCGACACAUCGGAACAGAACUUGACCCGGACCUUUGACGAGAUCAAGCGGUGGUCGGAGUCUCUUGGAAAGGGGGAAUUGAAGUUGAAGUUGGCCAUCUGGAGCAUCAAACACUCGCACAAGACGCCCUUCGAGGAGGAAUCCGCCCAACGCUUCGGAGACAGUCUGCAGACCUACGUCACGGGCGCAAUGGUAUUCAGCCAGCUCUGUCUUAAGUGGAUGCUCGCUCAGUAUCCGGCAGAUGUGGACAAGAGCUCAGAAAGUGGUGGGGACGAAAUGAUCAAGAAGGGAACCUUGAUCUUUACGGGUACCUUGGGCGCGUUGAGAACGAAUCCCGGAUACGCCGCGUACGGGGCCGGAAGGGCUGGCGUGAGGAUGCUGGCCCAGAGUCUGGCGAGGGAGUAUUCUGCCAAGGGCGUCCAUGUUGUCCACGCCAUUGCAAACGGCGGCAUCGUCGAUGUCGAUGCGGCUGCUGCUCAGGGCGAGGAGGUCGACGCGGAUGCGAAGGUCAAACAAGAAAAAGUCCUGCUGGGAGAAAAGAUCCGUGCGGAAAGUGUCGGCAGACUGUAUCUCGAGUGUAUGCGCCAGAGCUGCGACUUGUGGGUUCAUGAGUUGGACAUGAGGCCCGCGCGGGAAAAGUUUUGA